GAUUUAUUGGAGGGUAAAUCAGAGCCUCACUUCAUCCUGGAAGGUGCGAGCAGUUUCGACAUCCAACAGGGGGAGGCAGGAGAUUGCUGGUUCCCGGCAGCACUGGGCUCCUUGACACAGAACCCACAGCAUCUGCAGAAGAUCCUAAUGGACCAAAGCUCUUCGUACCAAUAUGCAGGGAUUUUCCGUUUUCCGUUCUGGCAGUGUGGCCUGUGGGUGGAAGUGGUGAUUGACGAUCGCCUACCUGUCCUGAACAGUGAGUACUUCUUUGUUAAUCCUCAACAAACAAAAGAGUUUUGGCCGAGCCUGCUGGGGAAAGCCUACGCCAAGUUUCAUGGGUCCUAUGUCAACCUACACUAUGGCUACCUCCCUGAUGCCCUGGUGGACCUCACGGGAGGGGUGGUCACCAACAUCAGCCUGCAUUCCUCCUCGUCUGACCUGAUGACAACGGUGAAGAUGGUAGCCGAGGCAGGCUCCCUCAUGACCUGCAGCACCCUGGCCGGGCCGACAAGUGAGUCCACGAGGAUGGCAAACGGGCUGGUGAGUCGGCAUGCCUGCACAGUGACUGGCGCUGAGCAGAUUCAGUACAGGAGCGGCUGGGAAUAUCUUAUCCGCCUGUGGAACCCCUGGGGCAAGAGCGAAUGGAGAGGGCGCUGGAGUGACAGGUCUCUGGAGUGGCUGGAAACCCACGACUAACGGAAAAGCCAGCUGUAUGAGAAUAAGGAUGUUGGCGAGUUUUGGAUGCCAUGUCAAGAUUUCCGAGAUAACUUCUUCUGCCUAUUUGUAUGUAACCUAGUUCCAAUCGGCCUGGACCAUGGAAACACACUCCAUGAAAGAUGGUCCCAACUGAUGUUUAAGAACCACUUAAUUCCAGGAAAUGCGGAAGGACCCCAGAGGGACAUGCAGGACAUCUCCUCUGUGCCAGAAAGCAUGGAAAACAACAAUGUCAUCGUGUCCUUCAAUUUUGUCAUGCCACAAAAUUUAAAGGCAAAAGACAGGACGUUUCCUCUGAAGUCCGAGGUGUUCAAGAUCAACUAUCAGAAUUUUGAUGUUGGCUAUUCUUCCUCAGAUCCAGGCAAGUCGUCCAGAAAUGGCUCCCAGCGAAGCAUUUUCUACAAAUACGUUCAGCAGGGGCUGGACAUUGAUGCUACCCAGGUUCAGAGCCUUCUCAACCAGGAAUUCCUAAAAGGACCUCCAGGGGACACAUUGUCUUUGGAUGAGUGCCGGAGCAUUGUGGCCCUGACGCAGCUGAAGGUGAACGGGCGGCUUGACCAAGAGGAGUUUUCAAGGCUGUGGAGCCGUCUUGUCCACUGCCAGAGUGUUUUCCAAAACUCCCGGAAGAACUCUGGAGUUUUCCUGAGCUCGGAUCUGUGGAAGGCCAUAAAGGACACAGACUUCCUUGCAGGGAUCUCCGUCACCAAUGAGCGGCUGGAUCUGAUGAGACUCCGCUAUAGCGACAGCACAGGCAGGGUCAGCUUCCCCAGCCUGGCCUGUGUCCUGAUGCGGCUUGAAGCCAUGACAAAAGCGUUCCAGAACCUCUCCAAGGACGGAAAAGGACUCUACCUGACAGAAAUGGAG